CAAAUUCACAAACAACUCUCCAGUCAAAUUAGCGCCAUCCCCAAGUUCCUCACAUCCAAAUUUUCGAAUUCCCAUCUCAACUUCUCCAAUGUCCGGAAGAGGAAAAUCGAUUGGGUCCGUCAAGGACAAGAAGAGCACCACCAGGAGCACCAAGGCCGGGUUGCAGUUCCCCGUCGGCCGCGUCGCUCGCUUCUUGAAGACCGGCAAGUACGCUGAGCGCGUCGGUGCCGGAGCUCCCGUCUACCUCGCCGCCGUCCUCGAGUACCUCGCUGCCGAGGUUCUUGAACUGGCCGGAAACGCGGCGAGAGACAACAAGAAAACGAGAGUCGUCCCGAGACACGUGCAGUUGGCGGUGAGGAACGACGAGGAGUUGAGCAAGCUGCUCGGAUCCGUCACCAUCGCUAACGGCGGCGUGAUGCCCAAUAUUCACAACAUGCUUUUGCCCAAAAGAGCCGAUGCCAAAGGUCGCUCUGCUGCCGCCGCCGACGAGUAGAUGCUCUGUUUUCCUUAAGUUUGAUAUUGUGAAUUGAAAAUUAUCGGAGGAAGUAGAAUAGAUUAAUCAGAUGUAC